GGUUGCCGCCAUUGAUGAGCAACGGGAAAUAGCUCGCCGGCAAGUGACCCGAAUUGCGGCCCAGCACCGUGUCGCUUGGGCAGCGCUGAAGCGGCGGCGGCGGCAGCUCACCUUCACGGAAGAACAGCGGGUCAGGGGAGAGAUGGAAACGCUGCAAAAUGAGCUGACGGGUCAGGUGAUGGAAGGACUUAAGUGUGUUAAUAUCAACGAGGAGUUGCAACAAUACCAAACAAGCUCAAAUCUCAUCAACCAUAAAACUUCAGGCUGAAUUUGAGGAGCCGUCCACGGCAACAAAAGCUCUGGAAGAGCUAGUUGAGAAUGUCAAGAAGUUGACGCAAGAAGCAGAACAGAUCCAGAGAGAAGGAACUGAAACGUGGCCACCUGACAGCUGCCGAGGAGCUCCAGUCUCUGACAAUAUGACAACAUGAUUGGCAGGAUCGGUGAGCUUACACAGAAGUGGGAACAAUUGAAAGAUGCUUCGGAUACAACGGAAGACAGCGUCGGACGGAUAUCUGAAGCCGUGGCAACACUUCAGGCUUCUUUCUUCAUGGAGGAAUUCAAAAGGGACUCAGCCGCUGUCACCGUGAGCACCUUACGUUCCAUAACUGCCUUCAGCGCGGGCAGCGAGAAGAAAGCAAAUGCAAAAGAACAAGGAUGCUCUUCAAGUUGCGCCGAGGGAAAACCAACGGCUGGCCAGCAAGUACGAAGGCCACCAGAAGCUCCUCAUGGAAGCCAAGCGAGAUGUGUUGAGUGACGAAAAACACAUGCGGAAAUCCUUCUGCUUUUACGCACGGCUCUCUUUGUUGCAGAAGAGGAUGCACAAAGCUUCGGUGAAAUACUUCAGACAACGCAGCCUCGGCGGCGAGGCUCAACUGGACCGCUGCCAGGCUCUUUGUCGGGAAGCCGAGCAGAAAAUAAAAACAGCCCAGGAAAUUGAACUCCGCUGUUCCAAGCGUCCAUCUCCACUAGCGACUUGACCGAACAAUUCCAGGCUGGACAAGUAGAUGUCUUCAGCUCGGGACAUUCACCUGUACCAGACAACUCACUCCCACGCUUCACUAUCCGACACUCGGCCCCUCCCCUUUCGUUCGCUGCAGAUCCAUAACAAUGAAACAGGUGACUUUCAUGCUGCUGUCAGGACUGAUCUAAUUUUAGCUGGGUGAAUGAUUGCAAUUGGCUUUGCCUCAUCAGAUAAUUAAUCUAUGUCACCAUUAAUUGGAAAAGAGAAUAAUUACAGGCCGUGUUGACAGAAAUUCUACGCUUCUCCAGAUUCCGAGAUCUAAUUACAACUAGUGAUAGCCGGUGACCUUAACUAGCACUUAGCGCACCUUGACCACCGCGUGAGGAUGCGCGGCAUGUGCGAUCCACAAAUUGCGUUCGGGCUCUCCGUCACUAGGAGAGCUGUCUCCCUCAAUCACUUUUCAAUAUUCAAUCUUAAUUUUGUGGAAGUUUAGCAUUUUCAAUGAGCUGGAGAUGAAUGAUUAAUGAAUAAAUUUGAAUGCUUCAUUUUGUCCACGGAUCAUUAGUUAAGUCCUUUGUGGGAAGGACCUGAGAAAGGAGUGAAAAUUAUGGAGACACUCGCCCCGAGCAAUCCAGGGGUAAAUAGUGUGCACAAAAAAAGAUGUUGCUUCCUUCCGCACUAUGGGAAGAAAAUAUAAAAGCCCGGGGAAACAUUUCAAAUUUAAAUAUUAACUGAUUGCGUUCAAGAAUCAAUAUAUUUUUUUUGUCACUGGCAUCAUGCAGAUGGUGCAUGCUCCAUUUUAAAAGUUCCUGAAUAAAUAACACGUACCAAAACGCAAUCCGACCCAUUAAAUAUUUACAUCCAUCAAAAUAGGAAUGAUAAAUAAUGAAAAUGAUUCAUGAAUACAAAUUCUUUGUUGAAAAUGCGCCGCCAAUGCACGUGGCUCCCAUUGUGUCUUGUCUGCGGCAGCCUAAUAGAGAUACCGUUGUUGAUUUUGUGCUGCGGAUGUGGUCGUGCACGCACAACCGCUCUGCUCGUGGCAACAGAAGAGGGCAGUGUGGACACGACAACCUCACGCCCAUCCACAGAGCGGUCCAGUAGCUUAAAACAUUUCAAUAUCAAAAAAAGGAAAUUGGUGUCCAGCAUAGAAUCCAAACAGUGACCUCGAAAACUCAAAAUAUCAGCUAUCACCGAGCAAAAACAGAUUUUUACCACAAUUCCUUAAAUAGUUAUUUUAGUCUGUAUCCUAUUGAAAUCCCAUUCUAAAUUUUCACAUCUCAUCCCAUCUGGCAAAAAAAGCAUCAGUAGAUUGCUCACAUGUAGACAAUUCCCUUGAUAAGCCCAUCGGAACUUUAUUGCUAACCAAAACCGCAGCACCUACCCGUAAACUGAGAUAUGGCCCGCCACUCACUAAGCGACACUCUGCGGAUGAGAAAUGAAGGACACUGACUGACUGCACUUUAUUUUGGCGACAGAGACUCCCCACGCUUUGCUUUUAGCCACACGUACUUAGAUAUGUAAUUGUAACUACAGUAUUAUUCAAACACACGUGUUAGUGGUUCUUGGCCUCAACGUGUGUUUCCGUUCUUUGUGCCUCUCCUGAAUGAUUUGAAGUUACAACUAUCCGUCACACACACUAAAACGCCGUAUUUGCGCUUUGUUGUGACAAGGAUGCCCAAGUCUCACCGCGUAUUCUGUGAUAUAUCAAAGUAUUUCUUUUUCUGGCUUUCUAUAGUGGCAUCCCUUCUGCAAAUCUGAUUUACAGGCAGCAUUUCAGCGUGGCGCCACCAUGCAGACGACGGGCCCGUCUCGCGCCGAUCCACCCCAGCGAUCGCUUUUAGUCAUCAGCGACGAGCCAUGUGAAUCGGAGCGUGGCUCUCCGGCUAACGAAAACUCUCUGCUUUGAGGUCUUUUUGAAAACAGGGAAAUGGAGGUGUCCUCUCUGACCAGGCCGCCUUUUGUUCCCGAGCUAGAGAGCACAGUUGAGCCACCGAGGCGACGGAGAACUGGGAAAGAAUUCCUCCCAAGGAAGAACUAUCAGUCCUGCUACAACAGCUCCAGCGUCCCCAGGUGACCGCGCCACUGAGCCCGUGCUCGCUCCGUCGCACCCCACUCCACGCCUGCUGCCACCCUGAAGGUGGCGUCCACAAUCAGGAAGCCAUGUCCAGAUCGGGUGACAGAACGUCCACCUUUGACCCGGCGCACAGUGACACGCUGCUGCACGGGCUCAACCUGCUUUGGAGGAAGCAGCUCUUCUGUGAUGUGACUCUCACCGCCCAAGGGCAGCACUUCCACUGCCACAAAGCGGUGCUGGCGUCCUGCUCCCAGUAUUUCAGGUCGCUCUUCUCCUCCCACCAUGCCAUCAGCAACAACGAGGGCGGCAAGGGGGACCAGGGCAGCAGCGGCACCCCGUCGUCCUCGCCCGACGACAAGCUGGUGACCCCCGGUGCCCGGCCCAUCAAUAACCUGGUCCUGCAGGGUUGCUCCUCUGUGGGACUGAGACUCGUGCUGGAGUACCUGUACACAGCCAACGUCACUCUUUCCCUGGACACGGUGGAAGAGGUGCUGUCGGUCAGCAAGAUACUCAACAUCCCCCAGAUCACCAAGCUCAGCGUGCAGUUUCUCAACGACCAGAUCUCGGUGCAGAACUACAAGCAGAUCUGCAAGAUAGCCGCCCUCCACGGACUGGAUGAGACCAAGAAGCUGGCCAACAAGUACCUGGUGGAGGACGUGCUGCUGCUUAACUUUGAGGAGAUGUGCGCCAUGCUGGACGCUCUGCCGCCGCCGGUGGAGUCGGAGCUGGCGCUCUUCCAGAUGUCGGUGCUGUGGCUGGAGCACGACCGAGAGACCCGCAUGCACUACGCGCCGGACCUCAUGAAGAGGCUGCGCUUCGCUCUCAUCCCAGCCCCGGAGCUGGUGGAGAGGGUGCAGUCGGUGGACUUCAUGAGGAAUGACCCCGUGUGCCAGAAGCUGCUGAUGGACGCCAUGAACUACCACCUGAUGCCCUUUCGGCAGCACUGCAAGCAGACCACAGCCAGCAGAAUCCGUUCCAAUAAGAGAAUGCUGUUACUGGUGGGUGGUUUGCCCCCUGGACCCGAUCGCCUCCCCAGCAAUUUGGUCCAGUACUAUGACGAUGAAAAAAAAACAUGGAAGAUCCUCACAAUCAUGCCUUACAACAGUGCCCAUCACUGCGUUGUGGAGGUGGAGAACUUCUUGCUGCUGCUCGGCGGAGAGGACCAGUGGAACCCCAACGGAAAACACAGCACCAAUUUUGUAAGUCGCUAUGAUCCCAGAUUCAACAGUUGGAUCCAACUCCCUCCUAUGCAGGAGAGGAGAGCCAGCUUCUUCGCCUGCCGCCUGGACAAGCACCUGUACGUGAUCGGCGGCCGCAACGAGACGGGCUACCUCUCCAGCGUGGAGUCGUACAACCUGGACACCAACGAGUGGAAUUACGUGUCGUCUCUGCCGCAGCCUCUGGCCGCCCACGCCGGCGCCGUGCACAACGGCAAGAUCUACAUAUCAGGCGGGGUCCACAACGGCGAGUACGUGUCGUGGCUGUACUGCUACGACCCGCUCAUGGACGUGUGGGCUCGCAAACAGGACAUGAACACCAAGCGCGCCAUUCACACGCUGGCCGGAAUGAACGAUCGCCUCUACGCCAUCGGGGGGAACCACUUGAAAGGUUUCUCUCAUUUAGACGUCAUGUUAGUGGAGUGCUACGACCCCAAAGCCGACCAGUGGAAUAUUCUGCAGACGCCCAUCCUGGAGGGACGCAGCGGGCCGGGCUGCACUGUCCUGGAUGAUAGCAUCUUCCUCGUGGGUGGCUACAGCUGGAGCAUGGGGGCGUAUAAGUCUUCAACCAUCUGCUACAGCCCAGAGAAGGCCAAUUGGACAGAGUUGGAAGGCGAGGUGGCAGAACCUUUGGCGGGCCCGGCCUGUUCCACCGUCAUCCUGCCCGCGUGCCUCCCCUUCAAUAAAUGACAACUAAUCCAGCCCAGGGGCGGCGGCAACCGGAGUGAUGACUGGUGGGAGGAUCGCCCGUAAGCAGGCAGCCGUUUUAACACCGACCUCUCCCUCCUGCUCAGUCGCGUGGGGGUGUAUAAAUUAUUUUUUUACAAGUUUGCCCGGAGCACUUUGGUUAUUCCCCCUUUGAAGGUGUAAAGAGAGGGAAGGAAAGUCAUGUAUUUAAACCGCUCACGUUCAUACAGUAGUGAUUUAUUGACACCGUCACUGGCUGUUUUCUUCUAUUCUAUAGCACUCAUUAGCUCAAUGCUAGCCAAUGCUAGCUUUCGGUUCCGUCGUAUAGCUUGUACACGUCAAUCGGAACAGAAGCAGAGAGCGUGUCGGUCCUUCACGCUGGAUGUUGGAGCUCAACCAGGACUGGGUGAGUUACAUUUUCAUGUAUAAAUAGUGGUCAUGGCUCACUCUGUUGACACUUGGUCACGGUUACUUUUUUUUUUUUUUUUCUUCCCUCAUGUCUACAUCUAAAGUGGGAUCCUUUUCCUUUUCAAAUUGCACUGUAAAAAACAUGAUGACUUUUUAAAUGCGCAGCCCAAGUUGACUGAAUUCCAAAACGGUUUGGAAGAUUUUCUUACCUAUUGGUCGAUCUCAAUUGUGACGCACUAAUUAGUGAUCAGAACGACGUAUUGAUGGUACAAUCAAAUUGUAAUCGCUCGCCAAUGUACUGCAAGCAUGUGUGGGUCAAUAGAGCGGCGACUAAAAAUAAACAUGCCACCAAACUGGACUUUUCUGGCAUACUACAAUCUUCCAUGUGUGACUGUGAAGAAGUAUUUGGGCCACACCGAAAAGAAAAAAAAAAAUCCACUGGCCCUAAUACGCCUUCAUAUAGAGCAUUGGGCAGCCUUCGAUGCACUAAUAGUGAGCCUUUGAGUUCACUGUAAUGUAUGUAAAUGAUUUAUUGUGUUGUGUUCAACUAAGGAAAAAAAAAAAAAAAAAACACUUUCAGUACAAAUGAGUCCAGUCUUGUCUAUGUUGCUGAGUUAAAACAAAAAAAGAAAGAAAAGUCAACUCUCAAUGUUGAAUCCUGUAAAGGUUUAUUGACUUCCUUCUUGUACAUAAUCGCUUGCCGCAGUGAAACAUUUUUGGAUUUAUUCUCAAAUCCUGUUUAUGUCCUUUGCAUUUUAGACUAUGGAAAUAAACUGACUCUUGAUGAUUAAA